AUCGUUAAUGUGCACGUGAUAUGUCCUGUACGAUUUCAUAGGAUGACUCAAUCCGAUAUGAUAAACAAAAUGCAAACAAAAGUAAGUUACGAAGAUCCGACAUGACCUAGUUUUGUCUUAUCGGUCAUGUUCAGUACAUUAGCCCCGGUAUCUGGGGGAUCAUUAUGACCCACGAGCUGGAGGAAUCUACUAGAGGUUUACGGAUUCUUUAUCAACUUGGUGAUUAUACUCAAGUAAUGCAGACAGGUAAAAAUGUGCAUGUGUUAGAUGUAUGUACUGUUUAAUUAUAUAUUUUACAGCUAACCUCCUACGUAUUUGAAUAUUUGCAAUUAGGACUUGGAAAAGAUGAAAAUGUAAUCGACCUAUUAUAGUAUUAACUGUGAGUAAGGAAAAACUUUCAAAUAUGUCCGAUUUGUCAAGCAAUAAACAUUUCCCGUGAUCAUGAUAGUUAAUUAAGCACAAUGAUAAAACUUCCCUUUUCUGGGAUAGAAAUCAAGAAAAUAUGUUAAUUAAAACCAAAAGUGGCUUUGAAAAACCCGAAAAUUCAAGCGAGUGCAAAUGAUAUAUUCAAUUCACGAAAGUUUUAGACGAUUCUUUGUAGACGCGUGUGCAUGCAUACGCUAGUUAUAUAGGAUGUCUAUCUGCAUGCGCUAGUAAUGGGAAUUUGACGAGAGAGAGAGAGAGAGAGAGAGAGAGAGAGAGAGUCGAAUUCUUUGUUGAUUACUAAAAGUUGAUUAUAUGUAGUCUCUUUAGUGAGCUUAACAACACGUUGACAAAAUGUUUAAGAGGACUGUAACCUCUUUUCCAAGUUUACUCACACGGGGAUGUAUAAACAGAUUAAAAAUACAGAUAAACAAGUAAACACACGAGAAAGGAAGAUGUGUACUCGAUUGUCAGAUGAUGCAAAACGUCACCGCUUAUCAUAUCAUACUCACCAUGUACAUUAGGGUAUAAUUUAAACAUUUGUUGUGCCAAAUGCUUACAGAACGUUUAACCACUAUUUUUAAAUGUCUCAUCCACUCUGGCUCAUGUACAAAUAGGUCACUGUGGCGUAUCUGAAAUUGACACACGCUAGCUCAGUCGCUGCAGAUAUAAUUUUUAUUUAUUUUCCGCUAAGAACGAUCUACAGUCCUACACUGAAUCAGGAAUGGGAAUGGGACUGUUGCACUCUAGACCUGCCUAUCAGGCGCGCCCCACCUAUCCUAUCGUGAAACAAUCGCAUCUUCUCUGGUCUUUCCGGCAAGUUCGGAAAAGUGGUGUUUUUUUUUUUAAAUGCGCAACGGAAAGGUCCGAGAAUGAGCGAUGGAUCAUUAUGUUGAAGUCGGUAAUGGGGUAUGUUAUUGUUUACAAAGUUUUGAAGUGUAUGGUUAUCGAUUGAAUUUUAUUAUAUAUAUCACAUUUCAAGUAUCCUUUUGAUGAAAUGUGUCAUUUAAAAGUUAAAAUUGUUUCUGCUCAAAAUAAAGAUGCUUUAUUAAAAUUACAAAAGUCUGUUUGUAAACAUAAACAAGGCUGGAGUCUUGUUUACAUAACACAGAGUUAAGACUAAAAUAUUCUCUUAUCCUUGUAUAUCAAGUAGGUCCAAAUGUGGUUGUCAAUUUUAACUGAGUUAUAUUUGUAUUAUUUAACAUCAAAAAUGAAAAAAAAAAAUAUUUUUCUAAAAAAAGAAGAAGAAAAAAAAAAGUGAACCAGUCCCUUUAAAUAAAGAUUAUUUGAAUCGAUCAUUGACACAAUGACACUUUCACGCCGGCCGUUUGAACUCGUUAGGGAAUGGUCAGUAUUUAUUCAAACUCGCGCAGCAACGAUGAAUAUCUGAAUAAGUUAAUUAAAAAAGUUUAUAUAAUUUAUUAAUUUUUUCAAAGUUUUGCAAAAAGUGAGUCCCUGUGAAGGUAUUAUAAGCUAUUUUUCACGUCUUGAAAUACAAUCGUCCAUUAUUUAGAUGUCGUGAUUUCAAAAAAAAAAGUUUAAUAAAUAAUGACUCAACAUGCAACCUGAUCUUAAGGAAGGUCGUAUGUAAACAAUAUAUAUUGAAUAUUUCUGACGUAUCGGAUGCUCGUCAGAGAAAUCAUGAUUAAAUGUAAUUAUUCAUAAACACAUACAAUGUACAUGGAUACCUAUCGACACUGAGUACGUUGUACGGUUACUUUUUAGAACGUACCAAUCAAACCCACGCCAGGAGGACUUUCUCCUGUAAUACCGUGCAAUAACGAAUAAUUACCUGUGUGAUAUUUAAACUAGGGAAACAGAGAUCACGUGGUCUAUUAAUUUAAAUGUGACCGAACACAUGGUUGAAUAAUAUGAUGAUGACAUGAUGUAUUGGCUAAACGUGGUUAACGGACAAGUUUACACGAACAGAUUUACUAGACAAUUAGAGAGAAGGAAAGACCCGCACACCCUUAUAUUCGAUGCCAUCUUCUACGGAAAUAAGAACGAGGUUCAACAGCUGAUCUCAGGCGGGGUGGACAAACAUGUCAUUACGCACUAUCCCAUGCGCUGGGAAGGGGCGAGCGUUCUUGGCGCUGCUGCUCACGAAGGGCAUCUGGACAUCGUCAGGUACCUGGUGGACAUUGGAACGUCUGUAAAUUUCAGUGAUCCUUGUCAAGGACGGACACCUUUGCACUGGGCAUGUCUCGGUAAUCAGUACCAAGUGGCGGCAUACCUCAUCAAACACGGUGCUGACGUCAACCACGCAGAUAAGGAGCAGACAACACCACUACUACGCGCUGUCAUCACUAGAAAUCACGACAUAGUUAAACUUCUGAUUGGGAAUGGCGCUGACGUCCAUCUGGUAGACAUUAUGUGUUGCUCUGCUCUCCAUUACGCUUGUAUCCACGACGACAAAAAAUUGAUAAGUACCGUCAUUCGAGCCGGUUGCAUUUCAAACAAUCUGGCUUUGGUUGGAAAAGGAACGCCAUUACACACUUUGUAUCAACAAAAUGACACUACAAACAUUACGCUAUUACUAGAAGCAGGGUACAGUCUGGAUAAUGAUCGGCACUGGAUAAAAUCGGUUCCAACCUUUGCUACGUGUUCCCAAUCUGUCCGUGAACGUGUUUUACAGCGUGCCAACCAACCGAUGAAUUUAAAACAUUUGUGCAGAAAAACAGUUAGAAAUCAACUCGAUGGAGUGAACGUUGAACAGAGAUUAGAAAGACUCAAAUGUCCACCCUUGUUACAAAAAUAUCUUGCACUCGAUCUUUUAUGAUAUUAAAUAAUAUUUACGUUCCCAUUAUUUUCCCCUUCGAUAUUUUUACAUCAACUGAAAUGAGAGCCACUUUCCCUCAUGAAUGUGAACAAUGUACGUAUGAAUUUAAUAAAUAUAGCACGACUAUU